AUAUUUAUGUGUUCAAAUAAAUAAGGUAUAAAAAUCUGUGUCUAUCAAUCGUCUAUAACAAAUAAUCUAAUUGUUGUAACGGUGGAAUAUUAUACGACAAAUAGUUUGGACGGAUUCAGUCUGAACAAAUAAUCAAUAGUCAUAAAGAUGGAACUAAUGUCAUGCUAUUGAUAUCAGUGAUACGAUCUAAGUUUGGAGGUGAUUUUGAAAUCGUUCAGUAAAGCACACUAACUAUCAAUCUAGGAACCGUAUGAAAUAUCUCAAUUUCGUCCCUAACGAAAAUGAUCUGUACUCAUGUGCACGGGUUCUUGUACUGAACAUUUGGACUUGAAAACUUUCAGUACAGCUAAUCAGUAAUUUUAAGACAUUAAAGCGUCGAAAAUAUUCAAGGGUGGAUUCGUGAAAAUUUGUAGUUCCAAUCUUUUAGCAAGUAUUCAAAUUAUUCAUUGAAUUUACGCUCGUUUCAAUUUUCGUUUGAUUGUUUGUCAAUGUGCACAACGGAAUAAUAUUUUCUGUGUACUUCUAUUGUAUGUAAUUAUAUUUAUACGUAUAAAUUCAUCAAAACAAAAGAAUGGAUCAUCCAGAGCCGAUUUCUAAACGUCCUAUAGAAAUUCCACAAUGUCGUAAAGGUUUCAAUUUAGAUGAAGCAAAAAACUUUAUCGAUCAAAUUAUGGAAGUAUUUCGUAGUUUAGAUGAUAUGACAGAUCUACGUUCAAUGUAUGAAACUGGUAAACAACUAAGUCGAUCAUAUUUUGAUUGUCAUACGUAUCGUUUAGAAUUAGCUCAGUAUUUAACUAAUUGUGAUUAUCCUGCCUUUGCGUCGAAAAUGAUGAAAAAAUUGAAUAAUAUGGGUGUGUUCAAGAAUGAUGAUAUUUGGUUCUCUUCAUUUUAUUUCUAUAAUACAACAUGGAAUUUUUCUGAUAUUUGGCCGGAAUUUGCCACUGCUUUAGCAAUUGCUGGUCUACCAAAUCUACUUAAUUUAAAUAUUGGACAUCAACCAUAUUUAGAGAAUUUAAGUAGUAAAAAUGUAUAUUAUUUAAUUAAAGCUAGUUUAUCUAUCAUACAUAAUAUAGCUCGUGUUCCAGGUAAUACACAUUAUUUUGCAUCUGAAUCAGUUCGACAAGCUUUAUUACAUUUAGCUCAACGUGAAGAAGAAUUUCUACGCUGUGUUUCCACACUUUGUUUAGCGCACAUUAUUACUGAGUCAGAAAUUCAUUUAAUUACUGACAUAUCAAAUGGUGGUAUUGAUUUGUUAAGAAUUUUAUUUGGCUAUGUCACAUCAGCUCGUGUUUCUGAGAAACGAAGAUGUCAUGGAUUCCAAGUGCUUGAAUUGUUAUCCUCUGUUGCCGCUUUAUCUGUUCUUGAUCCCGUCAAGGCGAAUUUAUUGUCAUCACCUGUUAAUGUGAAUUUGAUUGCUGGUACAAAUAAUAAUCAAAGCACAGAGCAUAGUAUGACAUGUCUAAGUUUACUGAAAGAAUUAAUUGAAACUGCAUUACUUCCUAAUUCUAGUCCUGUUUCUGUUAGAGAAGCAGAAGAAGCAGUUCGUAUCUUAUGGAAUACAGUUUUUGAUUCAUCCAUUUGCACAGGAGUUUUACAGAUACAAUUAACAAGUUGGUUAAGUGACACUAUGGCAAAUCAUGCAGUUGCUUUACAAACUUAUAAAUCUCUUUCACGUGCAAUCGAAUCUAUUAAUUGGCAAUUGAACACUUGUAUUUCGAAAAAUUCUAAAAAUGAACCUACAGAGUGUGGUCCUGUAUUAUUAUGUUUCUCACCGUCUAACCGUAUUGCUGUUAACCGAGUGGCUGAUCGUUUAAGAGAUGCUGGGAUUAUGCUUAACAGUAUUCCUUUUGGUCCCGAAGUAAUACCAUCAGUAGAUGCUUCAGCAACUGGACUUACUAUGUGUGCGGCUAAUGCUACAAAUCAUGCUCAGUGGGUUGAAUCUAUUGAACAGGCCUCAGUUAUGAUCGCAUUUUUAAGUGAUUCAUUUCGCUUAAGUCCUGGUUGUCGAUGGGAAGUGGAACAUUUUUCUAGUUUUGAUACAAACUUAUACUCAAAACCUAUUAUUCCUGUUAUACUACAACCAAAAUUUAAGUUGACUGGCUGGCUGAAUCGUCUCAUUUCUCAACAUCCUAUUGAUUUCAAUGGUAAACGGGAUCCAGAAGCAAGCUAUGAUGCUUUAAUUAGCCAGGUAAAAGAAUUUUAUGGAGAGGCAAAGAAGCGUGCGGAGGCUGCUGCCUUAGUUGCAGCACAACAUCAGUUAUCCAUUGAUGCCAAAAAACACUUAACAACUUCAGGCGAUACUGGAUUCCCCGGGAUACCCAAUUCAGAUGUAACGUUGAAUCACGUCAAUGCAAGCCCCGCAGUUAGUAGUCGGGGUUCUCUGGGUCCGUCUCCAGGCAUUAAACGUGAAGAUCCAAUUCAUCUAAGUAAUCAGAUAGGAUUACAGAAGAUUUGCAAUCAAAACAUGAUUCCUGUGCAAUCGAAUAUUACAUCCCGACCUUUGGCGACUAAUGCCUGGCGUCAUGCUAUUCGUCCUUCAGUUCGUAAUUGGUCAACCUGCAAGGUUGCUUCAUGGUUGAAAUUUCGCGGAUUGGGUCAUGUACCUUCUCAAAUAGCUGGUGGCAUAGAUGGUGUUUUAUUGUCCCAGUUAGCUGGUUUACGCAUUUGGGCUCCCGAAUACUUCACUCACUGUUUACGAUCUGAACUAGGUCUUGGUUUUGCUGAUUCUCUACGCUUCUUAGAAGCGUUAGACGAGCUUGCUCCGGAGGAUAGUGAUGGCCAUGAUGUUGAAGAUGUUGAUGAUUGUGUAGAUGGACGUCCGCAUUUGGGAAAUCAUGAUGGGGCAUCGUCUAGAGCAUAGUAGUUUGUUUGUUUAAUUGCAGACUACCUUGUCUGUUACAACACAACGUUGGAGUUGUAGUAAAGCUUUUUCAGUCUACCUGUAUCAAUGAACUAUGCAUUAAUUGAAUUUUUCCAGUUUAGCUGCUUUCAUUGUUACAGUUACUUUAGACGUAAUGAAACGGCUUAAUUGACGCUAUUUUAUUUUUUAAAUCUCACUUCACCUGUUCAUAAAUGUACCAUUGUUAUAAUAGAUAUUUCAAUAGCACUCACUGUUUUCUAAAAAAAAAUAACAUUUUUUUCAGAACUUAGCUCAUUCAAGAUCUGUUAUUUUAAAUUGUAGCUGAAGUAAACUUCAGAUUAAUUUCACUCAGUUAACAUUUUGUUCCAUUGUUGUAUCCUUUUUUCACUCGAACAUUCUGCUAUCAUUUUUUUCUCUCUGUUUUUUUUCUAUUUCUCUGAUCAGUUUGAUUUUGAUUUUAUAGUAAUGUAAAACUUGAACAGAUUACACAUUCAUUCAUGAUAUAUUGUAGUCAUUCCUUUUUAUUGGUAUGAAAUGAUCAAUUUGUAUUACAUUUUCUGCUGUAUUAUUUACCAUGUUUGUAUUGUGUUGUUUGAUUUUACUUUUUCCAUUUUUGUCAAAUAUAAUGUAUGACUAUAUCAUCAGUUAAUAGAUUUUUGCUCCGUUCACUUGUAAUCUGGGACUUGUGUAUAAUUUUACUGUAAAUUAAUGAAAUCUAAUUAUCAUAAUGUCAUAAGUCUAUGAGUACGGCUUUUCUAUUAGUAUAUGGUCGCAAAUUAGUGGAUUUCUCUCUCAUACACACAUACAUUAUAAUUGCAUUUGAUUAGUUGGAAAAAGCCAAGAGUAAAUUUUUCCGUUUUUUUUCUCUAUUCAAUCUUCAUUUCGUUUUUCUUUCAUAUGUGUAUACUUUGUACUCGUUUGUAAAAUGUGUUUAUUAUUACUAUUUUUCCACGUUACAUUGUACUGAUGGUUUUUUGUAUGGUUCGUUGACUUCUUUUCGAUCAUAUAUUGUUUUAUUAUUUAUUAUAAUUAAAUAACAAUAGAAUUGUUUAAUUGUAGCUAGUUAAUUGAAAAUAACCAAACAACUUCCCCCUAAUAUUGUUAAUGCUACUUAUUAUGGUAAUAAUACCCUACCUCUCUACGAAUAUAUAUACAUAUAACAGAAAAAUCAAAAUUAGUUGUAACUUCUUUGAAAUUAUUAAUAAUUACAAAUUUUUAGACGUUAAUAAUAAGCAGUUUGAUUAUCGUAUAAAUUUCUAAAUUAUUAUUGUACGAUACAAUUAAAAGAGAGAAAAAAAAGAAGGAUGACAAAUGAACUGAUGGACAAGAAUUAAAUAGAUACAUCUUUAUACUGAAUGAUAAUUUUGAAAAUUAUUAUACACUGUUAUUCUUUUCUUUGAGAAAACAUUGACAGAUACCAGUUUCCUUAUUAUAAUAUGGAUAUUUUAUGUGUAUGUGUGUAGUAUUUGUAGAUUCAUUCAUUUUUUAAAUAAAUAUAUAUAUAUAUAGGACAUUUUUCUCGGACCUUUUUCUCUGUUUCUCCAAUGUAUUAGAAUUUGUCAAUGAUAUUAACUGUAAAAGCAUCAAACAAUUGCAAUAUUAUUAUGUUGAUGUGUUUUAGAUGAACUAAAUUCUUUUUAUUAACAAACUAUAUAUACAUACAAUGAAGAAUGAUAUUUAUUGUUAAAAUAUAUUAAAUUAGAAGGAAGACUUUAUAGCAAAUGAAGUGAAUGCGUAUUAAUGUCAGUAGUAAUGAAUAAUCGUUAUCUAACAUGUGUAUGUGUCUAUAGUUUUCCUUUAACAUUCUUUUUGUUUUCAAAAAAAUAUAAUACUAUACCUUAAAUUACAAAAGUCUUAUGGAUCUUUUGUGCUUGGCUGUCAUAAUCUUCCCAGUUUCUCUGUUCCAAUUGUGUUUAAGUUUUUAUCUUGUUAUUCAAUUUCAAUAUUUAGUGAAAAGAAUUAACGGGUUAACUUUACUGUAGUCCAAUAGUAUAUUAUGCCACCGUGUAUUAGGCAUCGACAAAUAAUUUUAACUGUUCAUUUUUUCCUGUUGUUGAUAUUCACUACUGAAUUUGCAUUAGCCGUUUUUGAUGAAUGUUCAUUCUAAGCCAGUUUUGUUUGAAAGUUUCGGUGUUCAACACGA